AUGAACCUGUUCUUCUCUGCUGCAAAACAUGGAAUUUGUGUUGACGUAGUUUCGCUUGUUGAACCAAGUCCACUUCUUCAGCAAGCCGCUGACAUAACAAAUGGAAUUUUCCUGCAAGUGGAGCGGCCGUCCAAACUCCUAUCCAGCAUGAUGAUGCAUCUCCUUGGUGAUCCUGCAUCCAGGUCGCUGUUCCAACAACCAACCCUCAAGGUAUCAUCUCCUCUAAGUUUCGUUUUUCAUCAAAGCCAUAUUCUGAACAACACAGUAAUAUAG